ACCAACCAUCCAUCCAUGGCUGAACCUUCUUCCUAUUCUUUGCUCUUCUUCUGCUCCUUUCUCUUGGUUGUGUCUUCGUCUGUAGCCAAAACCUCACCCCGUCCAAAGGUUCUUCUUCUCUCAGUAUCCAAAGAUGCCGAAACCCUUCAAUAUGUCACCCAAGUUUCACAAAGAACACCUCUCCUCCCUGUCAAACUAACCCUAGAUCUUGGUGGUGACUACAUGUGGGUCAACUGUGAGCGAGGCUACACCUCCUCCACCUACCUUCCGGCCCCUUGUGGCUCUGCUCCAUGUCGACUUCUUAACACCACUUCAUGCACCACCGAAUGUUAUUCUGCACCAGCACCCGAUUGCUACAAUAACACCUGUGGCCACGGUCCCACCAAUACCGUUGCUAACACAGGCACCAGCGGUCAGCUCGGUGCAGAUGUGUUCAAGAUACAGUCAACUGACGGCAAGAACGUUCUGCCGGUUGUUACUGUCCCUCGCCUUUACUUUAUCUGUGGUAGCAAUUUCAUUGAAGCUGGUCUUGCUAGUGGGGUUACUGGCAUGGCUGGCCUUGGAAGGACUGGAGCUUCAUUACCAGCGCAAUUGUCUUCUUACUUCAGAUUCAAGAGAAAAUUUGCUGUAUGUUUGAGUUCCUCGACAAGAUCUAGGGGUGUUGUGUUCUUUGGAAAUGGACCAUACACGUUUCUUCCAAAUGUCGAUGCCUCAUCUUCUGUUACGUACACCCCUCUUAUUAUAAACCCUGUUACUGAAAAUGGGUUUUUAGGCGAUGCCUCUCCUAAAUACUUCAUCAGAGUGAAUUCGAUAAAAAUCAACGACAAUCGUGUUUUGCUCAACGAAACGUUGCUGUCCAUUGAUUCUGAAGGUUACGGUGGGACAACGAUCAGCACGGUCGAUCCUUACACCAUCCUGGAAAGUUCAAUCUACAGUGCUGUUGUCGACGCAUUUGUGAAAGCAAUGCCAAAGAAUGUUAAAAGGGUUCCGAGUGUUGCACCUUUUGGAGCAUGUUUUAGCUCCAAGAACAUCCGUAGAACCCGUGUUGGACCUGCGGUGCCUUCCAUCGAACUUGUGUUGCAAAGUGAGAGCGUCUACUGGAGGAUUUAUGGUGCAAACUCCAUGGUUGAGGCGAGAGAGGAUGUUUUGUGCCUCGGAUUCGUAGAAGCACAAACAGAUUUUCGACCUCGGUUUGCGGUGGUUAUCGGAGGACAUCAAAUUGAGGACAAUUUACUACAGUUUGAUCUUUCCAGAUCAAGGCUAGGAUUUAGCUCUUCACUUCUUGGUCGUUCGACAACAUGUGCAAACUUCAACUUCACAUCAACUGCUUAGAACUUUGAAGGCUUCUACCAGUUCCUAUGUAUUAUUAAUAAAGGGCAUGUAACCCAUAUUCCCAAUAUAUUAAUUGGUCUGUACCAAGAAUAAUACUCUUCCCAACACAAAA